UUUUAGUCUAUUCAUUGCUUCAACAAUCAUCCCAAGCCAGUGAUGGCUGCGGCGCUACAAGCUCUAGCUUCGAACUCUUCGCUUCCAUGGUUCCCGUCCUCUUCCCUUCAAAAGCCGCUGUUUUUCCAUCCUCUGCGCUCUCUCAGAUCAUCUCCAACCUCUCUCUCGACCUCCAGAUCCUCAAAAACCAUCGCAAGAAGCUUCACUUUGCUUGCCGAGAAGCUAACCAACGAUAUCAACGCUGACAUUCAAAUGCUAUGCAAGACAGGCAAUCUAAAACAAGCAAUGGAUUCGAUUUCUCGUAUGGAUUGCGAGUUCUCCAACCUCGAGCUGGAGACUUACUGCGCCGUCCUGGAGCUCUGCGCUGAGCUCGGAUCUCUAGCCGAUGGUCGCAAGGUCCAUGCGAUCUUAUCCUCUUCGGAAACCGAGAUAGACUCCGUUCUGAGCUCAAAGCUCGCCUUCAUGUACCUUAAAUGUGGGGACUUGAUACAAGGGAGGAGGUUCAUUGAAGGUCUCCAAUCGAAAGAUCAUCCUUUUCUUUGGAAUCUAUUGAUGUAUGAGUAUGCGAGGAAUGGAGAUUGUGAAGCAAGUGUUGAUGUUUUUGAAAGAAUGUGGCGUGUGGGAAUUAGAGCCAAUUCACACACUUUUUCUUGCAUUUUGAAGUGUUUUGCCGAUUUGAAACGGGUUCGUGAGGGAGAGAAGGUCCAUGGAUUCCUUCUAAAGCUUGGAUUUGAUGCCCAUAAUGCGGUUGGGAAUGCCCUUGUUUCUUUGUACUCAAAGUGUGGCAGCAUUGAGAGUGCAGUUCUUAUGUUUGAUGAAAUGCCUGAUAAGGAUAUUAUAUCUUGGAACUCAAUUGUCAAUGGGUGUGUAUUGAAUGGUGUUGCAGAAAUGGCAGUAGAGUUGUUUGCUAAGAUGUGGUUUGAGGGGAUUCGGAUGGAUUUGGCCACUCUAGUGAGUGUCCUUCCGGCUUUAGCUGAAAAAGGUUGGCUUUGGCCGGGCACUGUGGUACAUGGGUAUUCGAUCAAAUGUGGUUUGGGAAAGAAGAUCACACUUUGUAAUUCUUUGUUGAACAUGUACUGUAAAUGUGGGAUGUUGGAAAGUGCAGAGAGAGUGUUUGAGAGAAUGGGUGAAAAGAGUGUUGUGUCAUGGACUUCGAUGAUCUCAGGUUAUACUAGAGAUGGUAGAUUUGACGAAGCAAUUGAGUUGUUUGGGAAAAUGGAAGCAGAAGGAACACAACCAGAUUUAUAUGCUAUUACAACUGUGCUUCAUGCUUGUGCAUGUCAUUCUGCCAUAGAGCAUGGUAAGUCUGUCCAUGAUUAUGUCUCACGGAAUGGAUUAGAGUCAAACUUGUUUGUCGCCAAUGCACUUAUGGAUAUGUAUGCAAAAUGUGGAAAUAUGGAAGAUGCUAGGUCUGUUUUUGAUCGUACCAUCAACAAGGACAUUGUCUCUUGGAAUACAUUGAUUGCAGGUUAUUCAAAGAGCUCUUUCCCGAAUGAAGCUCUUGUAUUGUUUGGUGAGAUGUGUCAUAAGAUGAAACCUAAUUGUGUCACCAUGGCUUGCAUACUUUCUGCCUGUGGUAGUAUUUCGUCAUUGGAGAGGGGCAGAGAGAUCCAUGGCCACAUAUUAAGGUCAGGGUCUCUCUUGGAUGGUCAUGUAGCAAAUGCUCUUGUGGACAUGUAUGCAAAGUGCGGUGCACUAGGACUUGCUCGUCACCUUUUUGACCGAAUGGUGAUGAAGGACUUAAUUUCAUGGACAGUGAUGAUUGCGGGAUAUGGCAUGCAUGGCUGUGGCAAAGAAGCAAUUGCUAUCUUCAAUGAGAUGAAACAAGAAGGCAUACCGCCAGAUGAGGUCUCUUUCAUUGCAAUUCUAUAUGCUUGUAGCCAUUCUGGAUUAACAGAUGAAGGAUUAAGAUUUUUCAAUAUAAUGAGACAUGAGUACAAAAUAGAGCCUACUUUAGAGCACUAUGCAUGUAUAGUCGAUCUUUUUAGUCGUGCAGGCCAAUUAACUAAAGCGUACAAGUUCAUCGAAUCAAUGCCAAUAACACCUGAUUCCACUGUUUGGGGUGCACUGCUGUGUGGCUGUAGAAUCCAUAGGGAUGUGAAACUUGCUGAAAGAGUUGCUGAACAUGUCUUUGACUUAGAACCAGAACACACAGGGUACUAUAUACUUCUUGCAAACAUAUAUGCAGAGGCAGAGAAAUGGGAAUCUGUGAAGAAAUUAAGGAAGAGAAUUGCUGGCCGUCGCCUGAAAAAGAAUCCUGGGUGCAGUUGGAUUGAAAUCAAAAGCAGAGUUCAGAUCUUUGUCUCGGGAGACAAAUCACACCCGCAUUCAAAGAAAAUAGAACUGUUUCUCAAACGAUUGCAGAGAAGGAUGAAAGAUGAAGGGCACUUUCCAAAAAAAAUGUACGCUUUGAUGAACGCCGCUGAUUCAAUAAAAGAAGAGGCCCUUUGUGGGCACAGUGAAAAGCUAGCUAUUGCUUAUGGGAUCCUGAAUUCUUCAAAAGGGAAACCUAUACGAGUCACAAAGAACCUGAGAGUCUGUGGUGAUUGUCAUGAGGUCGCAAAGUUCAUUUCUAAAAUAACUGCGAGAGAAAUCAUCUUGAGAGACUCGAAUCGCUUCCACCAUUUUAAGGAAGGCAGGUGUUCAUGCAGAGGUUAUUGGUGAACCUCAAACCACGAUACCAUGAUAGCAAGAGUUGCAUUUCCUUUAUAUAGGCUUGUCAAUAGCUUCACGAGAUGAAUUGUGAAAAUAUGCAUGAUGAAAGAGGUAAAUAUAUUCUCACACUCUGAUUAACAUUGCGAUCACACUUGUUCAUAUGGUUGCUCUUAAGUUUAGACACCAAGUACAGACAAUUUUGAAUGUUAAUAACAAACCUUUAUGCAAAUAUCACCAUUGAUAAGUUGCCAUAUGUUUAUAAGACACCCAAGUUCCAAUAGAAUCAAAACUUAUCUCUCAGCUCAUUGCAGGGUCUCUCAAAAUAAAACAAUGUAUAGAAGAAUCACUUGUAGUGAUUGUCUUGCCAUUAUAUAACAAAUGAACACAUGCUGACAGUGAUGCAGGAGGCUUCAUCAA